CAAUCACCGAGUGUAACUACAUAAAAAAAUUUGACAGUAUAAACAAGCGUUUUAUUUCUUUCUUUUUUAUCCUUUUAGAUUAAAGUUACAGCGAUGGCAGAUACAAAAGCCAAAGCUCCAGCCAAGGCUGCUAAGACUGCCAAGGUAGCAACACCAGGCAAAUCAACCAGAGGUGCACCUCGUAAUUAUGAUCUCGGUAAUGGAGUAUAUCGUUUCAGCAGAACCCGUAUGUACCACAAAAAGGCACUAUACAAAUUUGUUGGAAAAAAAAAUCCAAAGGCUGAAAAGCCAAAAAAACCAUUGACAGUUGUUAAACCUAUCAAUGGUGAAAAGAAUGGAGGAACACGUACUGUUCGUCUUCUUAAAAGACGUGCCAGUUAUCCAACAACUGACCCCAUCAACGCUCAUCAUGGAAAAAAAUGUUUCCGUGAUCAUACUAGAUACGUUAGACCAUCACUUGUUCCAGGAACAGUAUGUAUUUUGUUAGCUGGUGUUCACAAAGGCAAACGUGUUGUCUUAUUAAAAGCACUUAAAAGUGGACUUCUUUUGGUCACCGGUCCAUUCUUGAUCAAUGCUUGCCCAAUGAGACGAGUUAGCCAAAACUACGUCAUUGCAACAUCAACAAGAAUCCCACUCAAUGGCAAAGUUCCAUCCAAAUUCGAUGAUGAUUACUUCAUUAGAAAACGUGAAAAACGUGCAAAGAAAGAAGAAGGUGAUAUCUUUGCAACAAAAAAAGAAGCUUACAAAGCAUCAGAUGAACGUAAAGCUGAUCAAAAAAUUGUUGAUAAAAUUGUAAUUGACGCAAUCAAAAAACACGCAGACAAAAAAAUGUUGUUCACCUAUUUGUCAGCUAUGUUUGGAUUACGCAGUAGUCAAUAUCCACACAGAAUGAAGUUUUAAAUUGUGGGUGUUUGAUAUUGAUGUGAAUAAAAAAAAAAUAAUACUAUAUAAUA